AUGCUUAUUCAGGGGAAACCGAGUGAAAUUCAAGAAGCAUCUGCGGAGAGGACUAUAAAGCAGUUAAAAGCUAACUCUAAGGUGAAGACCCGGAGCCCGUCCGCCUCCUCUGUACAGAGUGCCAGGAGCAACCUCAGCCACCGAUCCCCUUCCUCCACGUCCCACCUCAGCUCCCUAGGGGCCGGAAGCGACGCCCCUUCCAGAGCGGCCAACAUCGCCGCAGACACGCGGACUGUGAGCAGCCAGACCGUAAAUUCGUCCCUGGUGCCCUGCGACGCCUGCACCAAGGUGCAGUCCAGCCUGCGGGGGGUGAGCGACACCCUGGUGGAGCUGUGCCAGAGCCAGGGCCUGCCCUCCUCGCUGGUGUGCUUCCUGGACGCGGUGGACGGCACCCUCGGGGUGGGGCGCCUGUCGGCGACCGACCUGGCGCAGUGGGCCGAGGAGCAGACCCGGGACCUGGGGCGGGUGGGGAAGCACCUGGCGAAGAUGCGCGCCACCGUGCAGCCACUGCGGGAGAGCUUGAUUGCCCUGGAGGCGGCGCGGGACGAGCUGAGGGCCCGGCUGGAGAGGGCGGAGGAGCAGCUGGAGCGGGAGGCGGCGGAGCGCCGGGCCGACGUGCAGAAGCUGGAGCUCCGGCUGCAGGAGGCCCAGUCCCAGAGGCAGGAGGCGGUGAACAGGCAGAAGGGCGAGCAGGAGGAGCUGACGAGGAGUGUUGCGUCUCUGGAAGAGAGGAACUCCAAAUUGCAGGAGCAGCUUGGUUUGCAGCUGGAGAAUGUACGCAUAUUGGAGAGUAUAAGAGAUGGCCUAACACAGGAGCUGAAGGCCAGACAGGUGGACCAGGAUGCAUUCCGAGAGUUGGAAGAGAGGAACAAGAUGCUGGAGACACAGUUUUCUGCCAAUCAGGUCCUGCUGGACAAGGAGUGCGCCAAGUACCAGAGUGCCUGUCGGCAGCAGGAGUCGAUGCAGGUGAAGCAGAAGGCCCUGCUGGAGCAAGUGGACAUACUGGACCAGGAGUGCACUGAGCUGCAGAAACAGCUGGAAGAGGGUCAGGAGGGCAAGGAGGAGCUGCAGAAGAAGCUGGCACAAAUGUCAGAGGAGAAGAACGAGCUGAAGGCCCAACUCAAACAGCAGAAGGGCCAGAUGGCAGAGCUGCAGAAGCAGAAGCAGGGCCUGGAGAGCCGCGUGGAGGAGCUGCAGGGCAGUGUGACGCAGCUGCAGGAGGAGAUGCAGGAGCUGGUGCAGAGAGUGAGGCUGCUGGUGGCCUUCCCUGAGCUCAGCCCCGCGGGAAACGCACAACCACAGAGUACGGGGGACGUGCUGAAGGAUAUGGAGCAGCAGCUAAAGGCCAACUGUGUGCGGAUCAGGGUGCUGGAGCAGGAGAAUGCCACCUUGUGCAGCAGCCUGGGCAAGCUGAAGGAGAGAGCCCAGCUCAGGGACCUCAGGGUGAUCUCUCCUCAGCAGAUGGGGCUCCUGUCCAAACCGAGAGGCAAUGCUGGGAACCCUGGCACCAUGUAA